GACCGUAUUCAGUGUACAAACCAGGAAAAUUGUGAGGCAUCUUUCAGUCUGUUUGGACUUCAUGUUUACAGAAGAGAGAUGGAGAUGCCAUUAGAAACAAAAGGGAUUUCUCUGUGCCUGAUUCUCUUUGUAUUAAAUUUGGCAGCAGCUAUUGAAAUCCCGCUUACUGUGCGACAGCUCCCAGCAAUAACAACACAGCCAACAGAUCAGGUUGCUUUCCCUUUUGAUGAGGAAUUUUCAAUCAAGUGUGAAGCUAAAGGAAACCCCCAACCAAUGUUUAACUGGACAAAAGAUGGGAAACCAUUUAGUCUGUUGGAUGACUCACGGAUAACUACAUUUAAUAAUUCAGGAACGUUUGUAGUUAAAAAUCGUGGGAACAUAUCCCUUUUCCAAGGAAAAUAUCGCUGCUAUGCAUCCAAUGAAUUGGGAACUUCUAUGUCAGAGGAAAUUGAGCUAAUCGUUCCAGGUAUUCCUAAAUUUCCUAAGGAGAAGAUUGACCCCAUUGAUGUAGAACAUGGUGAUGCAAUGGUUUUGCACUGCAAUCCUCCCAAAGGCAUCCCACCACUGCACAUUUAUUGGAUGAAUAUUGACUUGCAGCAUAUCCCACAAGAUGAAAGGGUCUCCAUGGGCCUUAAUGGGGACCUUUACUUUGCAAAUGUGGAUGAAAAUGACAGCCGUAGUGAUUAUUGCUGCUUUGCUGCAUUUCCAAAAUUAAGAACUAUUGUACAGAAAAUGCCAAUGACGUUGACGGUUACACGUUUAAAAUAUACUAAUGAUUCCAGUUCAUCUAGUGCAGCCAAGGCAAAUUUAAUCAAAGAAAGAAAACCCAAGCUACUUGUCCCUGAAUCUUCUGGUCCCAGUUCAGAAGUGACAUUUAUGAAAGGAAUGGAUCUUUUUCUGGAAUGUAUUGCUGAAGGACUCCCAACACCCCAUUUAACAUGGAGAAGGAUUGACAGAGGCAGCAUUUUCAGAGGAGUCACUGAGACUUUUGGAAAAGUUUUGAAAAUAGAACAAGUUACUAGAGAUGACGAAGGAACCUAUGAAUGUGUAGCCUCAAAUGAUUUAGGAGAAACAAAGCAUGAGUUCAAAGUUGGUGUUGAAGAGCCACCCACUUGGGUAAGCAAACCAAAAAGCGGAAUUUUCAGUGUUGGUGGAAGUUUUGUACUGUUUUGUGAAGCGAUUGGCUUUCCUGAGCCAAGUAUAAAAUGGAAAAAGAACGGCAUCCCUCUUGAAGAUAAUGAAAUAAAAUCCAGCAGAGCUGUUUUUUCAACAAGGGAGAUCAGCAUCACUGACUUGGAACUGAGUGACACUGCUGUGUACCAGUGUGAGGCUACCAACAAGCAUGGCACUAUCCUGGCCACAGCAAACAUUGAUGUUCUCAAUAUUCCUCCAGAAAUAUUAACUCCAGAUGGUGAAGAAUAUGUGGCAGUAACGGGUUAUUCAAGUCACUUGUAUUGUCAGUUUUUUGCAGUACCCACACCAGAUAUUUCUUG